GCGGCCGCCUUAGCCGCGCCGUCCACGGUUCCUCGGGGUCUGCCCGGCCUCUGGGGGUUCCGCCAGCGGCACCCGCCGCCCCUGGGCCGGGCCGGGCCGGGCCGCCGCCAUGUUCACCAGUACCGGCUUCAACGGGCUUUAUAAAGCACCUUUGUCAAAGAGUCUGUUAAUAGUCCCAAGUGCCAUCUCGAUUCUGUUGACUCUACUUUUCCAACAUUAUCAGAAGUUCUUUGCAUAUAACCUACAAGCUAUCAGAGAGGAUUUUCAGAUUUGGAGACUUGUGUGUGGCAGAACAGUAUGUCUUGAUUUGAAAGACACGUUCUGCAGCAGUCUACUCAUUUACAACUUCAGAAUAUUUGAAAGAAGAUAUGGCAGCAGAAAAUUUUCAUCCUUUUUACUGGGUGCUUGGAUGCUCUCAGCUCUGUUUGAUCUUCUUCUUGUAGAAAUCACUCAGUAUAUAUUUGGCAUCACCAUCAAGAGCUUGCCUUCUGGUUUCUUGGGUCCUGUAUUUGCGCUGUUUGUACCAUUUUAUUCCUCCAUUCCAAGAGUGCAGGUGACACAAGUUUUAGGCCACUUUUCAAUCACAAAUAAGACACUGGUCUACAUACUGGGUUUACAGCUGUUAGCCUCUGGUUCCUACAUCUGGAUUUUAGCCUUAAGUGGAUUGGUGUCUGGGAUUUGCUACAAUAGCAGUAUAUUAAAAGUUCACCGAAUUAUUUGUGUACCCAACUGGGUAGCAAAGAUAUUUUCUUGGACUCUUGAACCAAUCUUCUCAUCUGCGGAACCAACGAAUGAAGUUCGAGUGGGAAUGGGAGCAACAGUUGACAUCCAGAGGCAGCAGAGAAUGGAGUUACUGGAUCGUCAGAUCAUGAUGUCUCAGGUUGCCCAAAUGAGGCGGCAAAGACAGCAGCAGGGUGGGAUGAUUAACUGGAAUAGACUAUUUCCUCCUUUACGUCAUAGACAUAAUGCGAAUUAUCAAGAUCGUCGCCCAUCUGAACAAGACACACCUCCACCUUCUGAGGUUUCUGAAGAGCAGGUUGCACGACUUAUGGAAAUGGGAUUUUCCAGGGGAGAUGCUCUAGAAGCUCUGAGGGCAUCAAAUAAUGACUUAAAUGUUGCUACGAAUUUUCUGCUGCAGCACUGAUGGUUUUCUGUGUGAAGGAGCUUCACUUGAUGGGUUCCUAACACGUCUGAAAGAGGAUCAAAGCCACCUGCUGGACAGACUCACCAGGGACCUCCCCGCAAGAGUGUCAGAGAAGAGAAGCUGGCUCCUCGUGACUGGUGAUUCAACGUGAUGUUAAUGAAUGACCUGAACUGUUACCAAGCCUUCAGAUUACUUGGUGGUUUCUAGACUGGUUGUCCUUCUCAAAGUUUAGUUUCUACUUAUUACUGGAUAUGACCUACAUUUAUUUUUCAAAUAAACUAGGUGGGUUUUUUUCUUGUAAAUCCUUGUAUCAGACUUAAUGACUAGGAAAAGAAGCUCCAACAACCACAACAACUAGAUUUACCUGCAAGGAAAAAAAUCACAUUUUCUUCAUUUACCAGUCUUAAUUCCUCUAGCUUACAUGUUUAGUUUUACAGUACUUGAUUUUUGAUUACAGGAGUAAGAAGUUUGAAGAUCACUUUCAACUCAAUAAAGAGCUAUGGACUA